AUGGGCGGAAGUAAUUCUAAGAAAAAGGACCCAGAAGAGGAGGAGGAUAGUUCUGAUUUUAUUGAUAUAGAACAGGAGAACGGCAGCGAUGAGUUAGAAAUAAAGUCAGAAGAAGCCAACUACCCACCAGCUCCUUCUGAAGUGCAUGUUCCUGUUCAAAAUGGAUUUAAUAUGAAAAGAGCACAGGUUCCGGUAAACACUAGGAAGACGUCACAUGCGCCGUCGGUUACCAGUAGAACUUCUAGAAGCAAACAGUCAAUUAAAACACACAGAAAAGAAGCAAAAGUCAAUUAUGCUAGUGCUAUUACUCGAGCUAUGCUGAACAUGAGUCAUAAAGCAGAGACGUACGAGUCUUUGAUGAAGGAUCUGGUAGAUGGACUUGAAACCGAGAAGGAAAAGGUCUAUGCAAUUACAUUGUGGCUAAGUCAACAAGAUAUAGAGACUGGAAAAUUCCAAAAAUAUAAACCAGACACACCACGUGGUUACAUGCAUUUGAUUCAAAACAGACGUGGAACUUUCCCGUCUUUCUUUGCUCAGUUGUGCAGAAAAGCAGGAAUGCCAUGUGUCAUUGUAUCUGGCUAUUCUAAAAGUGCUUCGUAUGACGUCGGAGAGAUGGAUGAUACGGUUCUUAAGGGAAACACGAAUGCUUGGAAUGUUGUGUAUGCAGACAAAGCUUGGCAUAUCGUACAUCCUUUCUGGGUUUGUCGUGGUCUAGUUGGACACAGACUAGGUGGAUAUGUUAAAAUUGAAAAAGGUGGUCAGGCUAUGAUGCAAAAGGAAACAGCAAGUGAAGGCCAAUUAACAAAAUGUUUUAAUAAAUAUUACAUUUUCACCGAUCCAAAUGAAUUCGUUCACAGAAAUAUCCCUGUAGAUGAACAGGCAAAGUGGCAACUCCUACGUAAACCGCUGACUUUUGAUGAAUACAAACAUAAACCUUAUGUGAGACCUGAAUUCUUUAAGCAGAAAUUAAAACUAAUAAGUGAUGAGGAUUGUUUAUUGAUCGCUAAAAAUGGAAUAUGUAAUGUUGCAUUCCAAAUUCCGCCAAAAGAACUAGGAUUUGUUAAUUUCACAUAUGAAUUAGACAUGAAAAUUGAAGAACUCGUACAAGAUAUUGGAUUAGGUUCGCAAACAACACUUAGAGAAGGUGAUGAAAGCGGAGAAGCGCAAAUAAAUGACAAUGAAGGGGGACAAAAUAUCCGUGUAAAUGUUAAUCAAAGAAAUGAUGAGGACGAAAAUAACAAUAUAAAGGCAAAUAUUGCUCGAUAUGUUGUUAUGAUGAGGGAAGGUCAAAAACAGGAAAAUGUGUCAUUUGAAAUAAGACUACCCAAACAAGGUACCUAUAAAAUAACUAUCUUUGCAGGGAGGGAGGAUGAAUGGGGUGAAGAUCCACCUUUAGUUUCUUCUUUUCGUAUACUUUGUGAUAACCUUUCGGCUGAUGUUACUCCUGAAAUGGCACCAUUAGACCCCGGAAUAGUUGGUUGGGGUCCAGGGCCUAAAUCUUUCAAAUCGGGACUACUUAUGCCCUCGCAUGUACGAGGGAAAAUUGAAGUAAAUGUGAAAGAGGAAAUAAUAAUACAAUUUCAGGUUGUAACCAAGCGCCAAAUAACUGUGAAAAUGGUUCACAAUACACUUAAAAGUGAAGAAUUAAAACAGUUUUAUUCCUAUGAGGAAACAUACUCGGAACAUUCGGAGAGGCGGGAGUUGACAGUAAAAGCACAUGUUCCUGAUAAAGAUGAAUAUGCUGUUCGAAUUGGAACUUUCGAAAACACUAACCCAGGGCAUCCUGAUUAUGUUUGUAAUUAUCUUCUUUCAUCAAAGAAAGCUAAACGAGAGGGACCUCUUGUUAAAGAAUAUCGAAAUAAAAUAAAAAAUGCACUGAUCAGCAAUGACUUAGAAGAGAUUGACAACCUACUAGGUCGUGCUGAAAAGUUCAAGUUAUCAGCCAAUGACGAGGAAGAAGAGGAGGAGCUUGAGGAGAAUGGUCAUAAUUAUGUUAGACGUCAACAGAAAAAGAAGCAGGAUGAAGACGUUAGACGUCUGCAGAAAAGGAAGGAAUUUCUGGAAAUGAAGCAAAUGUUUCGUCAUACGUUCAUGCGACAAAAUAUAGAUGCAUGUGAGAGGGCUAUAAUUAAAGCUGAAAACUCGCAAUUUGCCCAAGUGUUCAAAAGUGAAACCUCUCAAGUUAUAAAAUUGAUGGACAAGUUACAAUCACACGACAGAUGGCCACAUGAUAUUCCAGAGAAAAAUAGAUUUACUCUGACGGAGGUUAGCCAUAUGAAUGCUCCACCAGAAAAGGCCCAGGAUGUGAUGAAAGCUAUUUGUUUGUUAGUUUUCAAUUUUAAAGACGAGUACAUGGAUUGGACUGACACACAAGCAGCACUGAAAAAUAAGCAGAAGAUUUUAAACAGGAUGCAUGAAAUGCAAAUAGAUGAAUCAAAACUGCCGAGUAAAACGACAUUGGUAAAAGUCAAACGUCUAAUGCAGAGUAUAUCAGAAGAUACCGUUCGGAAAAUUGAUAAUUCUCUUACGCCAUUUUAUCUUUGGAUUAAGAGUAUAUUGGAAAAGUUUGACGAUAUCGAAUCAAGAAAAAUGGGAUCCGAGAAGUCCAGUUCUGUGCCGCCACUACAGCUUAAGCAAUAGUUUAAACAUUGACAUUCAUUUGGACCCUUUCUAUGCUGUAUACAUCAUACCGAAUAUUUCUUUUUAAAUAAAAUGUUGUUAAUUUCG